AAAUAUAUCGAUAUAACGAUAUCGUGAACGUGCGUGGAUCAUUCCGGAAUUAGGAAUUCAUAAGAUUACUAGAUUUCAUCCGUGAAUUAUCUGCAUUUAGACCUCAACAAGGGGAACUAGAGAUGAAUAACCAAUUUGACAUGUUGAAAGAUGACGACAGUGGUGAAGACCGUGAAGAGGUGAAUGUGGAGCAGACAGUAAGCAAAGAUGCCAUCGAUGAUCCACACCAAAUAGUAUGGCCCAAAGUGAAAUGCAAACAGGGUGAACAUCAGCUACAGUAUUCCUAUUGCCUCUGGUUUUCAAGACGCACGCCAGGAAACAAGGCUUCAUCUUCAAACUACGAACAGAACAUCAAAAUAAUGGGUGCAUUCGCUUCAGUUGAACAAUUUUGGACAUUAUACAGCCAUAUAGCGAGGCCAUGUGACCUGACAAGUAGUAGUGACUAUCAUCUAUUCAAACAUGGCAUCAAACCAAUGUGGGAGGAUGAAGCAAAUAAGAAAGGCGGGAAGUGGAUUGUCCGGCUACGGAAAGGUCUUGCUUCACGUCUGUGGGAAAACCUCGUACUUGCCAUGCUGGGGGAACAAUUCAUGGUUGGAGAGGAGAUAUGCGGUGCAGUUGUUUCUGUUAGAUUUGCUGAGGACAUUAUCUCUAUAUGGAAUCGCACAGCCAGCGAUAACGCUAUCAAUAUUAGAGUACGCGACACAUUACAAAGAGUAUUAAAUCUUCCACCAAACACCAUAAUGGAAUACAAGACACACACAGAUAGUUUAAAGGAUAGAUCUAGUUUUAGGAAUACCGAUGUCUUCAUGAGGUAGGGGCUACUCGUACCUCCCCUCGUCCUAUUAUGUCUUCUUCAACAUGGACUGAUUUAGAACAUUCAUGUACAGUAGCUGAUAUUUUCUUUUCAUGGAGCCACAAGGAUGCCAAUAACAGUCGAACAGCUAGGAAUUUUUGAUGAAGGUGGGAUAUUUAUAGGCUGUUACUAGUGCAUACGAUUUAUGCUACAGUGACUGAUAUUUCUGCAAAGGGAGAUCAGUACUGGUAGUGAUGAUUACCAGCGACUGAUUAGGCAGCAUUUGCUUUUAACGACAAGUGAUUA